AUGUCGAUGAAAAUGGGAUCAACAGGUGGUCACCAGGUUGGAGUCGCGUGGGAUGAUGGAGCCCAUGAAAAUGUUACAAAGAUACAAAUAAGUCACGAUCUCCUUGGUGUCAACUUCAUCAAGUUUGAGUACCUCGACGGUGCGGAGAUUGUAACGGGAGAGCAAUACCUCACAGAAUCGGAUACAUGUUUGACCGGAGACGAAUACGGCCACGGCAAGAUUUCAGACAAAUCACCCAUAACCGAGGAGUUUGAGCUGGAACCAGAUGAAUAUAUCACUGAAGCGGAGACAUAUGUGAAUUUUAUUGGCAAUGCCAUUGGUCACGUGCUGAUGUUUAUAUUCAAGACGAACAAGCGAACAUCUAAGGCUUAUGGACUCGACCAAUUCCCUUAUGGCCGAACAAAGAUGGUGCUUGGUGAGAAGAACAAAAAGAUUGUUGGAUUCCAUGGAAAUUCUGGAGAUCAUAUUCUUCAUGCAAUUGGUGUUUAUGUCUCUCCAAUCAACAAGACAAAAACUUUUAAGCAGGGGGUUUCUAAGGUUCUUCAUAAGAUUAAAAACAAGCUUAUUUAG